UUUACUACAUCAUUUCAUGUGGGAUAUGAAGGUACAGGAUGUUGCUUCUGAAGAUAAACUUAUAUCAUUUUCCCUCAUAUUUACGGAAUUGUUGGUCCAACACGACACUGACAAUGAAACACUACAUAUGUUAAAGUCGCAACACCGCCCCGAACAUGGAGAGUGAGAAGCCAAGUCCUCUAACUGACACAGGACCAGGAGAGAAUUUGGUUCUGAAUGACCCAGACGAGGUGACCAUCGAGUACGAAGAUGUUCCCAAACUUUUGUACAACGUCUCGGACAGAGUACCCGUCCGCUUUGCAAUUUUUUGUGCAUUCCAGCAAACAUUAAUCGCUCUCUCUUCUUCACUGGCCGUUUCGUCUUUUGUGGCGGACAUAGCUUGUGCGUCCGACUUCCCGGACAUCAGAAGAGAUCUCCUCAGCUCCACAUUGUUAAUGAAUGGAGUAACCACUUUGUUGAUGGUGACAAUUGGGGCAAGGCUUCCACUGUUUCAAGGCGCUGCUUCGGAAUAUGUCGUCCCUUUGUUGGCAAUGCAGAUGGCAAACCCGGAUAUGUGUAAGGUCCCUGUAGAGUCGGACACUCAUCAAUUUCUGAAUGUUAGCAUGACUUUGAACGACAGUCUCCAUCUCAAUACAACAACCACACACGAUAUGGGGAUUAGGAGAGAGUUUGCCCUCACUAAACUAGGCGAGGCAAGUAUUACCUUGUUUAACACUUAA